AUGGCCGAGGUCGGAGGCUCCUACAAGGACCCAUUGAGCGAGGCUCAGAAGAAGGAGCUCCGCGAAAUCGCGCAGGCUAUCGUCGCCGAUGGCAAGGGCAUCCUGGCUGCUGAUGAAAGCACGGGUACAAUUGGCAAGCGCCUUGCGUCUAUCAACUUGGAAAACAACGACGCUAACAGCCGGAAGUACCGCGAGCUGCUCUUCACGACGCCAAACUUGGGCAAGCAUGUCUCGGGUGUCAUCCUGUAUGAGCAGACUUUCCACCAGUCGACCGAGAAAGGCGAACGUUUUGUUGAUGUGCUGAAGAAGCAGAACAUCGUUCCCGGCAUCAAGCUCGAUCUUGGUGUUGUUCCGUUGGCAGGAUCUCUGGGAGAAGGGACUACCCAGGGGUUGGAUAAGCUCGCUGAACGAGCCGCUGCCUUCAAAAAGGGUGGAUGCGGUUUCGCAAAAUGGCGUUGCGUGUUGAACAUUGGCUCUCAUACGCCGUCUCAUUUGGGUAUGCUCGAGAAUGCCAACGUUUUGGCUAGGUACGCUUCUAUCUGUCAGCAGGCCGGCCUCGUGCCGAUCGUCGAGCCCGAGGUUCUUCAAGACGGUGAUCACGAUCUCGAUCGGGCACGCAGGGUUACCGAACAAGUCCUGGCAUAUACCUACAAGGCUCUUUCCGAUCACCACGUGUAUCUCGAGGGAACACUUCUCAAGCCGAACAUGGUCACCCCAGGCCAGGAAUGCAAAAAACGUGCAUCUCACGAGGAGAUCGCCAUCGCCACCGUGGAGGCCCUCCGACGCGGAGUACCCCCGGCUGUCCCCGGAAUUACCUUCCUCUCCGGUGGACAAUCAGAGCUCGACGCCACUGCGAAUCUCAAUGCUAUCAAUAAGGUCAACCUCAUUCGCCCCUGGAAGCUCACCUUCUCCUACGGACGUGCUCUUCAGGCUUCUGUGCUAAAGGCUUGGGGCGGAAAGGACGAGAACAUCGAGAAGGCCCAAAAAACGUUGCUCCAUCGCUCGCAAGCAAACGGAAUGGCGGCUCUGGGUAAAUACACUGGCGAAGACGAGGCUGGAGCAGCUGCCGAAUCUCUCUUUGUCGCCAAACAUUCAUAU